GUUGAAAAUACAGUAGACGCUCACAAAUUAGAACUCUCAGAAAUUAGAACAUCCAGAAAUUAGAACCAGAGUUUUUAAUGCAUUGGACGCUCUGAAAUUAGAACUUGAAGUUCUAAUUUCUGAGCAUUUUUUUUUAUUUUAAACACAACCAUUUUUUGUUUGCAUUGACCGCUCUGAAAUUAGAACUUGAGGUUCUAAUUUCUGAGAGCUUUUUUUCAUUUUUAACACAAGGGAAUUCCCAUUCUUAGUUUCUAUUUUACUGAACAAAUGUAAAAUAGAAAGGGGAAUCCCCAAGUUAUAUUUUAGUUUUUGUUUUGCCAUAUUUUUGGUGUUUUUGUCAUUCGUAUGUGAAAUUUGAUACGCGUGGACAUAUUUUGCUAGACUCUACCGAAAACUAAAAAUAACUUACCAAAAAUGUCAAAUAAACGUAAAAAAAACACUUUAUCUUUGGAAACCAAAGUAAAGAUAUUGGAAAAGCUGGACAAAGGAGUUCAAGGGAAUCGUCUAGCGCUAGAUUUCAACGUGAGCAAAUCUGCCAUCAGCUAUAUCAAGUCAAAUAGGUCAUCUAUAUUAAAUGCUGUUUCCAACACUUAUCAGGAAGCAUCAAAUAAAACUGUGCAUAGUGCCGAAUAUCCGAAAAUGGAAAGUCGUCUUUAUGAGUGGUUUUUAAAACAACGCGAAAGGAAGUGUACAUUGACAGCAACAAUAUUAAAGGAAAAAGCUAAACAAAUUUUUGGUGAAGAAUACCCCGAUAAAAAUAAAAAUGCAUUCCGAGCAAGCGAUGGAUGGUUUACUAAAUUUAAAAAGCGACACGGCAUUCGUUUUUUAAAAAUUGGUGGCGAGAUUCUUUCUAGUGAUAUUGCCUCCAUCACUCCAUUUAUUCACAGAUUCCGUGGAAAAGUCACUGAGAUGGGGUUAAUAGAGUCGCAAUUAUAUAAUGUGGACGAAACCGGAUUAUUUUAUCGUUGCCUACCAGAUAAAACAUAUGUCUCUGCUUGUGAAAAAAGUGCGCCUGGAUACAAAAUUCAAAAAGAACGAAUUUCAAUUUUACUCGGUUCAAAUGCUGAUGGCUCUCACAAAUUAGUGCCCUUAGUUAUUGGAAAAGCUAAAAAUCCCAGGAGCUUCAAAGGUUUUAAAAAUCCACUUCAUUACAACUUUUCCAAAAAUGCUUGGAUGACGUCUCGGAUCUUUCACGAUUGGUUUCACAAUAUAUUUAUUAAUGAAGUCAUCCAGUUUUCUCAAAAAAAUAACUUGCCUCCGAAGGCUCUUUUGCUUAUUGAUAACUGCUCCGCGCAUGCACCGAUUGAGCAUCUUCAAAGCAAAGAUGGCAACAUAGUUGCAUAUUUCUUGCCGCCAAAUGUGACAGCAGCUGUGCAACCAAUGGAUCAAAAUCCCAUAAAGUUAACAAAACUUGUUUACAGAAGUAAGCUACUUGCUGAAAUAAUAGCUGAAGGUGGUGCACUGAAUAGUCUGUUGAAAUCCCAUUCCAUCCGAAAGGCAAUAAUAUUUCUGAAACAAGCUUGGGAUGAGAUAACGCCAAAAGUGAUGAGGAAUUCUUGGUCAAAGUUGCUAAAUUGGGACUCUGACCAAUACGACAGCGGUGAUGAUGUGCCACUAGCAGAGUUGCUUAACAAAAAUGAGGACUGCAAUGAAUCUCUCCAAGUAAAUCAAACUCUUUUAGCAGAAAUUGAUCCAAACAGUUUCAUGUGUAUUGCUGACAUCGAGAAAUGGAAUGAAGAUGAGUUUGAAGACCGAACUGGUGAUGACCUAAGUAGCGAUGAUGAGUUUUCUGAUAGCAGUGAAGACGAUGUUGUUGAUGACACACCAGUUAUUUCAAAUGUUAUAGCUAUUGAAAGCGUUAACAAUUUAAUAAAUUGGUGCAACAAGAGUGAAUUGUCUUCCAGUAAGCACAUGGCCAAUCUUUUGGCCCUCCGUAACGAUAUUGUUAUAUCGGAUUUAAAGAAACCAAAAAAACAAACAAAUAUUACUGAUUAUAUGUCAAACAAAAAUUAAUUUUGAACUGAGCCCUUAUCCUGAGUUUUUAAUUAAUUUCUGAAAUUUUUAGUUGUUUUUUUUAAUAAUUGUUAUGUAAUGAACUGAAUUGUAAUGUUUUAAAAAAAAAUAAGAAAAGAAAUAAAAAAAAUGUUUUUAUAUAGUUUUUGGAAGUGGCUUAACUCUUAGUUUUAUUAUUCACGUUAAAAAAAAAAACCGUCCAGAAAUUAGAACAUUUCGGAAAUUAGAACUACCCCAAAAACAAAGUGGUUCUAAUUUCCGAGCGUCUACUGUAUUUGGAUUAAAUACAAAACACACUUGGUGAAGCUUGAAUGCUCUUCAUAACGGCUUUAUGGGGCGUUUGUACAUUGUCAGUGCAUAAUUAGAAUGUACCAACAUCCUGCAUAAACGAAAAUAUAGACUCUUGGGCAGAAUGUCUUAUGUAUGUAUGUAUAAGCUCAUGAAACGGAAUUGAAACGCCUCGAUGGCAAAAUUUUCGUAUUCAAAAAAAACCUAUAGCCGUAUUGAUAUGGAUAUCACAUAUGUACAUACGUAGUAUAAACACCCUUUUCCGUGUGUACUGUGUGUAUUCAAGUACUCGUAAAAUUUCUGUAUGAUAAGAAUUUAAUUGCAACAAGUAAGGAAGUGUUAGGUUCGGGUGCAACCGAACAUUUUAUUCUCUUGCAACUUUCAGGAAACAAAAGGAAAUAUCUUAAGGUGUAAAAUGUUAACCAGAGAAUCAUGAUAAAGUUUGUUAGAAAAACGAAAAUUAUUAUAUCUAUUUAUUAUAUGGGAUCUGGGGAAAUUUUAUUUAUGUUUGGCACAAAGAUACAAUAUUAUGAGUAAAAUAUGCUUUCUAAUUAUCAUUGAGAUAUCUCAAAUAUUGGCCGAUAUAUGCAGCAUAAGGUCACCGGGAAGAUCGAAAACACCGGUCAACAAAAACAAAAUUUUUUUAUGGGUUUCUGUUCUCAUGCUUGGAUUCUGAUUCUAGACAUUGAAAAACACUUAAAUAUUAAUUUUUAGCUCUUAAAGUUUGCUUUGGGCUGAUCUACAUCGAUAAGUAUAUUAAGUAUAUACUCAUAUGAGCAUAAAAGAAAUACAAAAAAUAUUCACUUUUAGACAAUAAUUUCUUGUUAUUUUACAUAUAUAAAGGGUGAUUUUUUAAGAGCUUGAUAACUUUUAAAAAAAAAAAAAACGCAUAAAAUUUGCAAAAUCCCAUCGGUUCUUUAUUUGAAACGUUAGAUUGGUUCAUGACAUUUACUUUUUGAAGAUAAUUUCAUUUAAAUGUUGACCGCGGCUGCGUCUUAGGUGGUCCAUUCGGAAAGUCCAAUUUUGGGCAACUUUUUCGAGCAUUUCGGCCGGAAUAGCCCGAAUUUCUUCGGAAAUGUUGUCUUCCAAAGCUGGAAUAGUUGCUGGCUUAUUUCUGUAGACUUUAGACUUGACGUAGCCCCACAAAAAAUAGUCUAAAGGCGUUAAAUCGCAUGAUCUUGGUGGCCAACUUACGGGUCCAUUUCUUGAGAUGAAUUGUUGUCCGAAGUUUUCCCUCAAAAUGGCCAUAGAAUCGCGAGCUGUGUGGCAUGUAGCGCCAUCUUGUUGAAACCACAUGUCAACCAAGUUCAGUUCUUCCAUUUUUGGCAACAAAAAGUUUGUUAGCAUCGAACGAUAGCGAUCGCCAUUCACCGUAACGUUGCGUCCAACAGCAUCUUUGAAAAAAUACGGUCCAAUGAUUCCACCAGCGUACAAACCACACCAAACAGUGCAUUUUUCGGGAUGCAUGGGCAGUUCUUGAACGGCUUCUGGUUGCUCUUCACCCCAAAUGCGGCAAUUUUGCUUAUUUACGUAGCCAUUCAACCAGAAAUGAGCCUCAUCGCUGAACAAAAUUUGUCGCGAAACACAUUUCGAACCGAACACUGAUUUUGGUAAUAAAAUUCAAUGAUUUGCAAGCGUUGCUCGUUAGUAAGUCUAUUCAUGAUGAAAUGUCAAAGCAUACUGAGCAUCUUUCUCUUUGACACCAUGUCUGAAAUCCCACGUGAUCUGUCAAAUACUAAUGCAUGAAAAUCCUAACCUCAAAAAAAUCACCCGUUAU